CUAUAAUCGAUAGAGUGGAGAAUAAUCAAUUCAUUAAAAGUGAACACAUUUUAUAACUUUUAUCAGUAUGUUUUUGCUUUUGUGUGAAAAAAAUACAAAAUCAUAUUUAAUUGUCAUAUUUCACCCCUAGUCGGGGAAAUAUGAAAUCACAGCUCUCUGGCACAAUAUUUGAACACCAAACUAAAAAAAAAAAAUUUCACGUUGAGUAAGAUCGAUGUACAAAAUUGUAUCUCCACGAACAACACAAGUGUAUAUCACUAUAGUCUAGUUACGAACAACAAAUACGUUAGCGGCGACUAGAACUAUAUGCUUGCAAAUAAGGAUUUUUGCGGGUAACCACACUCAACCUGCACAAACCCACAGUGGGUAGUGGUUACCCACUAACCACUGCGGUGCGGGUUGUGGGUAGCAUAAUUAUAAUGUGGGUGUGGAUACCCGCAAAAUAUGGGCGGGUAACCACACCCACCCCAAUUUCCACCCCUAGAUGAUCCUCUGGUGGUUGAGUUGCUUGUGCUCCGAGAGCCUAUUUUAUGGUGUCUGGCCUAGGGCUUCAUAGAUAUAAGAUUUGAAGGGGAUGCCAAAGUUCUCAUCGAGAAGAUCAAUCGGGUUGAUAUCAGUGAUAACAGGGUGGGGGUGGUUUCCACCCCUAGAUGAUCCUCUGGUGGUCGAGUUGCUUGUGCUCCGAGAGCCUAUUUUAUGAUGUCUGGCCUAGGGCUUCACAUAUAUAAGAUUUGAAGGGGAUGCCAAAGUUCUGAUCGAGAAUAUCAAUCGGGCUGAUAUCAGUGAUAACAGGGUGGGGGCGGUUCUUGAAGAAAUAGUGUAUUACUUUGCCAUUCACUCUGGAUUUAGUGUGCGAUUUGUAGGUCGACCUAGCAACAGGGUAGCCCAUAUGGUGGCUAGAAAGACCCUUUCUUUGGACCCGAUUAUGAGUCGUUUACUCGUUUCUUUAAUUUCCAGACCUGACUGAAUUCUAGAAUGUAACUAUCUUUUUCGAAUCAAUAUAUGAUUUCGUUUUGUAAAAAAAAAAAAAAAAUCAUUUUCUUCCCUUGUGGAAGAGGGGAGAAAGAAGAAACAAUAAUUAAGCCAACCUGGAAUUGUCUGGCGUUUUCCAUUUUGUUCUUUGUUCUAGAAGGCCAAACUAAUUGAAAGCAAUUCUUUUCGAAAUUUCAUUCCCUUUUGUUAUCUGUCCAACUCUCCCUUCCGAUCAUGGAGUCACUAUCCCCUCUUCUCUUCUAGACUUCUACAGUUCUACUUCUAGAUUCAACAACUGUUCAGAAAACCAAAACCCCAUUUUUCUUCCCAUUAAACUACCACUCAUCCUUUUAUAUUCCCGAGCAUUUGUCUCUUCCUUAUAAUAAAAGGUUCCGCAUCUCCCCUUGAUAGCCAAUCACCUCGUUUGAUAUCCAAAAUAUAAGAUCCUUGGAAAACCUAGCCACCCAACAACCCUCAUCAGAAGACGAAGGAAGACAGACCAUGGCGAGCCUCAGAAUCUCUCUGCCUCUUCUUCUCCUUCUACUCCUUUCUCUAUCCGCCAAUCAUUACUUAACAACUGCAGAAGCAAGAACACUUCCCUUCUCAUCUACCCACCUGAGAUCUUCAAAGUUUUUUGCAACUCUGGGAGUCAUCUGCAAGUGCUGUGACAACAGACAGGGCGAGAAUGGUGAAUGUUCAAUCUCCUGGAAAGGGUCCUGCAGCGAUGUCCAGUGCCUUCCCUGGAGAACAGGGAAGCAGCAUCCUCUGCCCAAAGCUGCCUGAAUUUUAGUCUCUGUUUUUUUUUUCUUCUCCAUUGCUUUGCUUGUACAUAUAGAAGACAGCAAGCUUUGGAUAGGGUUUUUUUUUUUUUUUUUUUUGGCAAUGGAUCAGAAUCCGCAAUCAGUAUCUCCUAGUCGAGGUGUGCAACCAAUAUUCAGUACCAAUUGCAUUCUUACCUUGAUGCGGGCUUGCUUGCUCUGACUCAGAUGUUUUUGUUUCAAUCAUUGGUCGUGCAAAUUCCAAAACUGAAACACAUGGGAAGAAGCAAUUCAAUUGCUAAUUGACCAUUUUUUUGUUACUGUUGUUCUCCCUGCUAAUGGAUCCCAAUCAUCUUCCCUCCGCCAUUCUCUACACUAUGAGAUCAAUAAUUCUUCUAACCAUGGUGUUAUAAACGGAUCGGGAAAUCGCCGGAAUCGAUAAAACAAGAAUACGAAAGCGAGAAUCUAAAAACACAGACACGAUUUACAUGGUUUACUAAAACGAUGUGUGUUAGCUAGUCCACGGGCGAGAGAGAGAGUCAGUUGCACUAUAUCGAGGAGAUUACAGAUUACAGAGGAGUACGAGAAGUAUUUAUAGUACUUCUCCAUGUGGGUCUAAACCUAAUCCAAUCUGGUAAAGGAAACGAUUACAAACCAAGCCCAGAACCCGAACCCAAAUACAUUGAGCCCAUACAAUUCGGACCAAUACAGAGGAGUACGAGAAGUAUUUAUAGUACUUCUCCAUGUGGGUCUAAACCUAAUCCAAUCUGGUAAAGGAAACGAUUACAAACCAAGCCCAGAACCCGAACCCAAAUACAUUGAGCCCAUACAAUUCGGACCAAUAAUCCAAUUCAAGUCACAUCAACACAGGAAGAUUUAUAAGGAAUUUGCUGGGGUGGAGAGUUGACUUGGCCAAUUUGUCUAGCAGGUAAACGGGGAGAAGGGUCAAUUGCUUCGUCUGGAUGGUAGGGUACAGAACAGAUCAAUCCAACCUGUAACAGACAAUACAUGUUCUAGAAAGUGGACAUCUUUCUUCACCAAACACCAAUUUGCUCAACAUGACCAGAGACAGAUUCCCCAUGCCCUGUCCUGUCCUGUCCUCUACUUUGUUAUUAAACAAGUUUGAAGGCGUCAAGACUCAUGAUUGUGAAGUCCAGGUGAAUGUUGAGUCCAUCUCCAAACCGCCCCUCAGGGAUGGGAUUAGGUGCUAAUCCUUAUAGGGGUUAGCACCGUGAUAACUAGCAAAAAACACUACUAAAAAUAACGAAAUCAUUACGGAUUAUUAUAAAAUCAAUACAACAUCUAAGCUAAAUCACUACUAAUUCAAACUAGUAGUAGUUUUUGCCUUGGUUAGGACGGUGCUAACUAUUGUACAAUUAGCACCGUAACCGCUCCCCGCCCCUCAACUACCAGAGUUGAUAAACAGAAAAAAAUUACUACAUAAAAAAAAGGGUUUCUAGAAGAUUAGUGUGCAAUUAUCAGAAUAUAUCCUUUCAAAUUUGCUUCAAGCGAUUUCAACAUGCAACAUCUAGCUCUAACUAACUUGGUUUAUAUGUCUCAUACACACACCAAUUCAAGUGUUCGAGAUGCAAGUGACGGAGAGACUUCGGAUAUGGUGGCCAAAAUGAGAUACGUUUUGACUGCAACCCAAGUUGAAUUACAGUUAUUGGAAUUUGACUGAUGAAAAAUAAAAUUGGUAAACAAAAUAAAAUAUAUAUGAUGGUUCAUAAUAAAGGAAAAAAAUUUGG